UCUGCCCCUAACAAAGAUGGCUACCCACUUUGCCCUCUCACCCCCCACGCCUCCACCCCUCCAGCCCACUUCAAAUACACGACUGUCUUUCACUUUCGGGUUACUGUGGACACGAGAUGGCGCCGAUUCCGAAGACGGUGGGGCGGAUCAAGCUAGACUGCCCUCUGCGGCCUGGCUGCCCGCUGGGGGUCGCUGCUGUCCCCAGACUCUGCAAGGAAUUCGGUCCCGAGGACUACGGUGAUGAGGACAUAGUGGAUUUUCUUCGACGGCUGGUGGAGAGUGAUCCCCAGGGCCUGCACCGGAUCCGUGUGGAUGGGAGCAGCGGGCGGCUGCAGCUGUGGCACCAUGAUUACCUCCUGGACCAAUUCUGUGAUGAGGGGACAACGACUAGACAGAGUGACAGGGGGAAGGGGGCUGAGGGACUGGGCACCUACUGUGGUCUCCAAAAGUCCUUCCUGUGCCCUCCCCAAGGGUCUAAGCCCUGCCUUCAAAGACCCUCUGCCUCUUCAGCCCUCUCCAGCAGCUCAGACAGCCUGCUUCAGGUGGCCAUGCCCCAAAAGCUCCUGCCAACAGAGGAGGAAGCCAACCGCCUGGCUGAGGAGCUGGUGGCUGAGGAGGAGCGGAUGAAACAGAAAGCAGAGAAGAAGCGACUCAAGAAGAAGCGCCAAAAAGACCGAAAGCGACAGGAGCGCAUGGAGCAGGACAGUAGGGCGCACAAGGUUGAGGCCACCCCAGAUGGGAAUGGGAGCCCCCCAUCCAGCCCCGGGAACCCAGCUCAGGGACAGUGUGGUGAGGAAGAGGAUGCACUGGAUCUCUCCAGCACUUUCGUGUCUCUGGCUUUGCGCAAGGUUGGCGAUUGGCCCCUUAGUGCCCUCAGAGAGAAGGAACUAAGCCAGGAGCCCCAAGGCAAGAGCCUGGCCACUCAGGAGAAGAUGAGCCAGGAGGAAGGGAACUCUCCAAGAGAAGAGAGCCCCAGGAAGGGUCCUAAGGCAGAGGCAUCUCCAGGACUUCUGGAAGCUGCCAUAGAGCGAAGCCAGGAGCUGGCAAAGUUGGGUACUGGCUUUGCCCAAAAUGGUUUCUACAAUGAGGCUGUGGUCCUCUUCACCCAGGCCUUGAAGCUCAACCCCCGGGACCACCGGUUAUUUGGAAAUCGCUCUUUCUGCCAUGAGCGGCUGGGUCAGCCAGUGCAGGCCCUGGCUGAUGCCCAGGUGGCCCUUACCCUGCAGCCUGGCUGGCCCCGGGGCCUCUUCCGCCUAGGCAAGGCCUUGAUGGGACUUCAGCGCUUUGAGGAGGCAGCUGCUGUGUUCCAGGAGACUCUAAGAGGUGGGUCCCAGCCUGAUGCAGCUCGGGAGCUUCACUCUUGUCUUCUGCGGCUUGCUAUGCAGGAUCAGAGAGGAGGAUACCGUGGGCCACCUCUGCCAACUCCGCCGACUGGAUUCCCCCAGCCAUUUUCCCACACUGAGCCAGCAGCCUCGGGCCUCCUCUCCUUCAGUCACCCUCGAAGCAUUGCUCCCAGGGCCCCUGGCCUUCUGUCUUCACCCUUACAUUAUCCACCUUGUCAGCGGAGCCUCUCCAACCAGCCCCUCCCCCAGACUCAGAGUAGAAGACUUCCUGUCUGUCUCCAGAACCCCUCAAAAAGCUGGGACAUCCUGGGACUUGGGCCCCAGCAUCUACCUCAGGCCAGAUGAGGGAAGACCUGUCCCUCAUAAGACAAAGCCAUGUGUAUAUCCCACAGGGAUGAGGGACACUGUGUGGUGGCUGUUUCCUGCAUAAUUUGAGACCUUGUACUCCAAAACCAUAGUUAGGGACACCCCUGGUAGUCAUUCCUCUUGCCACAGAAACCCGACGAGGAAAAGGAGCUCCAUGUCCACUAAAACAGCCUUUCUUUUAUUCUCAAGCAAUGGCUUCCUCUGGGGGCAAUAAGGAAAAAUAAAAUCCACCAAGGCUCAAGAAGGGAACCAUACAAGUACAAAAGUUCAGGUUUUAAAACUAUAAUACACCCUGCAGGGGCCAUUUGGGUCUUGCUCUGUUCUUGGCCCUGGGGAACUCAUUCACUAGCCAGAGCUCUUUGCUCAGGAAUGGGGUCAUAGCGAUGAAUAAGGCUGGGUCCCGCCCUUCACCUUAAUGGAUGCUCACCACUUCUAAUCCCAGUUCUUGUCCUGUUUUCUCUCGCCCUAGCCCCUCAUGCUUUGUUUCCUGUUCUCAUUUUUGUGCACAUUCUGACCUAUCCUCUACCCAGUGGUCUGAUGCUCACCUCCUCCGACUGCGAGAAGAUUCGCCAAGGGUUUGCAUUUGGGAAUUCCCUUACCAGCUGCUACCUGGAGCUGGCAGACCCUAUACAUCCCCACUGCUGGCUCUCCUGCUGAUGGGGCCUCAGCAGGCACCCAGGCUGCUGCUACCUUGGCCAUGCUCUUCUCCAGUCCAGCACUGCAUUUACUCAGUUUUUCCAUCAAGGGUCAUUUCCCCCAGAGAUGGCUGUAAUUCUCUACUUUCUAUGUAAGAAUCAUGAAUUCCUUUCUCUGAGAUCCUGGCAGCUGCCCUGACUGUUCCUUCCUAGCCUGGGACUCUCAGCUCAUUUAAAUGUGGAUCUUAAGGGGACUUUUAGGCCUCCCAGAAUGCCCUCUCAAGAGGAACUAUUCAUCAGGAUUAUUGAUUCCUGCUGCCUUACAGGUCUUGCUCAAUACCAUUCAUACCUGGAGACAGAAAGUGUUGAAACUAUAUAAUAGGAUGAAAUCUAUCAUUACUAGUUGGGUCACCUUGGGCAUGUCUCACAACAUCUGUGCCUCAGUUCCCUCAUCUGUAAAAUGGGUACAAUCCCUACUUUGCAGGGCUGUUGCAAGGACUGAAGGAGAAAGUGAGAAAAUACCAAGUGCUUGGUACAUAGUGACUGUUAAAUAAACCAACUUU